AGAGUGAGACUGGCGCCAAACCUCAUCUCCCCUAUCCUCAAUUCAACGGUCUCAGAACCUCGGAUCCAUGUCCCUCUCCGUGACUUCAGUCGCUUCUCUCUCCGAGCUUCGUUGCAUCGGCUUCGAAUCUCAUCACACCUGCUUCAGAAACACUAGAAAAUGGCGGAUCCGAUCUUCUUCUGCCGCUCCUGGCGUCGAUCUCAACACUCUACAGUCCGCCAUCGAUAUGAAAGAUAGCAAUGCUGUUAAAGAGGCACUUGAUCAGCUGAGAGAAGUUGGUUGGGCCAAGAAAUGGAGUUCUCAGCCAUAUGUUUCGCGCCGUAUGACAUCUCUUCGGGAGCUGACAACCCUUGGAAUGAAGAAUGCGGAAAACCUUGCAAUUCCAAGUGUUAGAAAUGAUGCAGCUUUUCUUUUUACGGUAGUGGGGACAACAGGAUUUUUAGGUGUUCUUGCUGGCCAGCUUCCUGGGGAUUGGGGCUUUUUUGUGCCAUACCUGAUUGGGAGCAUCUCUUUAAUAGUUUUGGCUAUUGGCAGCAUUUCCCCUGGGCUUCUUCAGGUUGCCAUUGGAGGAUUUUCAUCAUUUUUUCCUGAUUAUCAGGAGAGGAUUGCUAGACAUGAAGCAGCCCAUUUUUUAGUUGCGUAUCUGCUUGGCCUUCCUAUCCUGGGCUAUUCACUGGAUAUUGGAAAAGAGCAUGUGAAUCUCAUAGACGAAAGGCUGGAAAAACUGAUAUACAGUGGGCAGCUCGACACCAAGGAACUAGACAGGUUGGCGGUUGUAGCAAUGGCUGGACUUGCAGCAGAAGGCCUGCAAUAUGACAAAGUGGUUGGUCAAUCUGCCGAUCUUUUCACUCUUCAGAGAUUUAUAAACCGUAGCAAGCCACAGCUCAGCAAAGAUCAGCAACAAAAUCUUACCAGAUGGGCUGUUUUAUUUGCGGGAUCCCUCAUUAAAAACAACAAAGCAAUUCAUGAAGCUCUGAUGACAGCAAUGUCAAAGAAGGGGACCGUAUUGGAGUGCAUCGAAGCAAUUGAGAAAGCUUAGUGGUUCUGGAACUGGAAGCUCCAUGAACAGCACUCUGUUUUGCUAGGCCACAUAAUUUUCGUUCCAAACCAGAGUUGCAAUUUGAGCAGGAAGACUAGACUCAACCCACCGGAACAAUAAUUUUUUCCGAUGCUCAGGUCAACUUGAGUUAAGUUUUUCAAACUUAAUUUGUUCACACUGGAUUAAAUAUUUUUGUAAUAUUUAUAAAUAAUAUUAUUAUAUAUUACAAAA